AUGUCCAAGUACAAUCAUGCCCAUUAUUGCAAGGCUCUAAAGGCUCAGAAGGCUAAAAAGACUCAACAGGAAGCCGAACGUUCGGCUCAAGUCCCGCUCCAUACUCUUAAUUUGACAGGAAACUCAAUAAGACUAGAACUAUCCAGAAGCUGGCAGGCAUUCGUGUCCACCAGGUGUCUACCAGAGUAUCUAUGCGGUGGUAUUGGCGCUGUCACAGUCGAACGCGGCCGCACACGCGCUACCUCGACCAUGAAACAGAAGCGAAGUUCCUUGAUGAGACCAGAGUCAAGGUGGGACAGAUAUUCCCCAGUGAUUCCACGGGUAGACUUCGAGGAAGUAAUUUCUUAUGCGUUUAAGGGAUCCGGGAAAGUUGUACGAGUGAAGGACCCCAGCGUCGAUGCGGCCCAUUGUGUUGGGGAAGCAUAUAUUCGACGCUGCUACACGCCAUAUGAUGGCCAUUCAAAGAAUUCCUCAACGGGUUGCGAGAGAAAAGACGAAAUGGCAAAGUUUCGACGUCAUGAAAGAGUGGGGAUCAGGGAUCAAGAGUGGAGAGCACCCGGUGGAGAUAGGAUAUUAUGGCUGGUCUCCCAAAGUUAA